AUGUACGUGUCGAGAAACGUGUGCGGCCGAUGCGCCUCGCGGAUGCACCUGGUGGCCGCCACGGGGCGCCCUCACGCCGCCUGCUUCUCUUCCUACCCGGCUCACCUGCCGUCAGAGGCGACGACGCCGUCAGAAUCCCCACAGCGAGCUGUAGAGGCCGGCGCCCCUCCCGCUGAGCUUGCCAGCACCCGCCGCCGCCGACUCCUCGGCUCCAGGUCGGCGGGCUUCCAGAGGCCUCCCAGUGCCCUCGACGAGGCCGCCGUCGCCAUCUUUAAGGAUGUUGUGCGCAAGCCCACCGGCGCGGGCACCGUCUCUCGUCGGUCCUCCGUGUCCGAAUGGGACCUCGCCACCAAGAUGAAGGGGCUGGACAGGAGCAAUGCCGGGGCCCGAGACAAGCUCAGGCGCUUCCAGGCAGACAUCUGGCCGCACCUCGAGGAUAUGCGCGGUCAGAUACCCAGGCACCUGUGGAUCUGCACCAUGGACUUUCUUGCCGGCAUCUGCGAUACGGUGGCCCGAGAGGGCCUCACCGGCGUCAGCAUCGACCUGUCUCGGAUAUGCGCCCGCAUCGGCAAGUUGGAGCUGAGUCUUCGCGGCCAGCUCGUGUCCAGCCUCUGCCACCGCCUCAUCACAGAGGAGCUCUCGUCGCCCGACCCCAGUGCCAGUCCCGUCCUCCAGGAGCUUCUCGACUUGUGGAAGCACAUCUCCCAGCUCAGGCGCGUCAGUCAAGGCCACAAGGCCCCCCUGCGGUUCGUCCUGCCCUCGGCCGACGAGAUCUUGACCGUUGUCGACGCCGAGAAUCGGGGCUCCAGCCAGAUCGCGCCCGCGACCAAGGCCCUCUCCAGCAUCCUUAUCCAGUUCCGCACCGAGGAGGCUCUCGCGCUCGUGCCGGGGCUCCUGGCUACCGUUGCCGUCCUGUCUGACCCCCGACUCACCAAGCCCGACAAGGCAGCCGAGGCCGCGCCCCUGCUGAGACUCGUCGCGACCGCCCUACAGCAGGCAAUUCCCGACGAGACCUACGUGAGAGGUGUGUUUGAGGAUAAGAUGCGCGUUCCGCCGAUGAAGGUGACGGAACUCCAGGCCUACGUGCUCGCGCAAUGGGCGCAGGCCUCGGCCAUGCUGCAAGACGCCGAUGCACCCUGGCGACAUGCCGGCCCGGAAAACCCAAGGCGUCCCGGUGGGCCAGCAUCGUCGGGCCUCAGCGCCUUUCACAAGCAGCUCCGCGGCGCCUACCGGUCCCGCAACACGGGUGCUAUCAUCUCCAUCUGGCAGGACCUCAGGGCCCGCAUGGCUCAGCGGCCGCAUCUGGUGCGGCAGAUGCGCGAGGAACCCGACUUCCUCGACUUCUGCAUCUUCGUGUGGUGCGCCGUGCGGCGGCCGGCCAAGCUGCAGGAGACGCUCCACCUGAUGGACGAGAUCCAGGUGCAGCCGACCAUCAAGUCGUACACGGCUAUGAUGCAUGGCUGGAAGGUUUGCAAGGAGACGGACAAGGUCACGGCGCUCUGGGACAAGCUCGUCGAGUCGGGCACGAGGCUCGACACCGUUGUCUGGACCGAGCGCAUCUCGGGCCUCAUCGAGGGCGGCAGGCCCCAGGCGGGCCUGCGAGCGCUGGCCGAGAUGAUGGCGCUGUGGAAGCAGGCCGUCGAACAAAAGGGUCACCAAGGCGCGGCCGCCGUAGCCGUCCAGCCCAGCAUUGAAGUCGUCAACGCCGUCUUCAAGGGCCUCGUCCGCCUCGACGUCAAGGCCGCCAGCGAAGUCCUCGCCUGGGCCAGCCGCCACGGCAUCGAGCCCAACGUGCGCACCUACAACGUCCUCAUACGCCAGAGCUUCCGCAGCGACGCGGCCGACGACGUCCAGCGCCUCCUGCGCACCAUGAACAGCCGCGGCGUCGAGCCCGACGCGGCCACGUUUACCAUUAUCCUCGAGGAGGUGCUUGGCGCUAUGCACAACGCGUCGGCGGCUGAGCAGGUGCUGGCCGUGCAGCAAGUGCUGGCUGAGAUUGAGGCUGCUGGCCUGCGCGCCAACGCUGAGACGUACGGCAAGAUGCUCUACGCCGUGGCGUCGCUCACCAAUGGCGGCGCCGACGAGGCCAUCGCGGCGGUCCAGCGCCACAUGCGCGGCGCUGGCCUGGCCGCCACACCGCACGUGGUGACCAUCCUGCUCGAGCGGGCGCUCGCGCGUGACCCGCCCACGCCCGGCGCCGUGCAGGCCAUCCUGCGCGAGCACGGUCUCACCGGCAUCAGCCAGGGCGACCAGACGCUGUGGGAGCGCGUGGCCAGCGCCCACGCCGCCAUGGGCGACACGGACGCCGCCAUGGCCGUCUUUGCAGACCUGGCCCGCGCGGAGCGGCCCGUCACGUCGCUGCCGUGCCUGACGGACCUGGUGCGCGCCCUGGUGGCUGCGGAGCGCCGCGAGGACGCGCGCGGCGUGGUCAACGCCACGCUGGCGCACAAGGCGGCCGAGCGCCGCGGCGGGCUGGACGGUGACCGCUACUGGCGCCAUCAUUUCUGGCACCUGGCUGGGGGCGAGGGCCUGCUCGACUGGGACAAGUUGCCCCUUGAGCUGCAGGAGCGGCUGCGCGAGGCUUCAUGA